AUGGAUCCUGAGAAUAAAUACGUCAAUCCAGCGCUUUACCACUUCGCUAAUAUGGUUCACUCAAAGACCACCGGUAUCGGAUGUGCUUACAAGGUUUGUGGCGGAACCAGGCUAACAGUUAUGUGCUUAUACAAUAAAAUUGGAUAUUACACAAACAGUGUUAUGUGGGAGAAGGGUAAUGCAUGCAGGUCGGAUACCGACUGCACCACGUAUCCCGGAUCGUCAUGUUCUGAAGGCCUUUGUGUCAAGGAGCUAGAAAAACCUGAUCCUGGUACAAAUGCAAUGUGUCCAUCAAAUGGAAACAUGACGGAUGCCGCCAGGCGGAAGUUCCUUGAUCUGCACAAUUUUUUCAGGUCUCGUGUGGCCAAAGGUCUUGAACCGGACGCUCUCGGAGGAAACGCCCCUAAGGCUUCAAAGAUGCUGAAAAUGGUCUACGACUGCGACGUUGAAGCAUCCGCUAUUAGACAGAGUCGAAAAUGUGUCUACGGGCACUCUACACCGGCCGAACGCCCAGGAUUGCGUGAAAACAUCUAUAUGCAUCGCGCAGGGAAUGGUGGACGAGCCUCAAGAACUAUGGUAUCGGGACCGGAGAAAUACAAGCUUGCUGAAGAACUAAUGAAGCAGGCCGCGCAAUGGAUAUUACUCAUUACACUCAGGUGA